GAGUCUAUCAUGUAUACUCGACUAAAGCCAGAGGUUCUUAUAUUUUAGUCGUAUCGACACUGAGACAGCCGACUGAUCAGCUUUAAAUGUGAUCGUUUGCAGACGUCAAAAUGUCGAAAGGGGGCGAAAUCAACAAAAGUUCUGACAGAGGUCGGAAGGGAAAGUACAAAGGACACACACCAGAAGGAGAUGAACCAGACCACAGAAGUGGAAGUCGUACAGACGACAAUCAGAGACACGGUAGUCCUGAAAGGCAGCAGAGAACUUUCAGCAAAGGCGACCGCUCGUCAAAGAGUCCGGACAACAACACACGUCGGCCUCAAAACAACCCUAAAAAUAAAAGCGGUAACGAGAGCAAAGAGAACUCGAGGAAUAAAGCGCUCGAAAGCGGAGGCUCCAACAAAGGAUCUACUGUCAGCAACAGGUCGAACAGUCAGAAGCCGAAGAACCCCGAUAACAAAGCUGCUCUCGAGACCAUCAUUUGUCUUCGUAACAAACUAAAAAGUUUCAAGAAAAAACACAUGGGCGCUUCCGCUAGAUACAAAUACCCGUCGUGCGCCCAAUGUUUGGAGGAAGACAUCCUCCGGAUGUGGCGGAUGUCGUCUGAAAAGCUCCAUGAAGCAGACGACUUCCUGAACAUUACUCUCCAAAAACCCGUGUACGAAGACAUAAUGGAUUCCGACGACUAUAUGGACUUGAUCACCAUCGCCCAACGAGAGCAGGAGUUCAGAACCCUUGUUCCUGAAGUACGAAGACGACUCUCUAACUGCCUAAACCAACACGUAUAUAAAUCUUGUAAGAGCCUGAAAGAGGAGUCGGGGGACUACGUUGUAGUUUCAGCGCAGGAGUACGAAAGCAACAUUUCAAAAUAUAUCUCUGAAAUUGAAGCAAAAAGCAACGAAAUUGAAGAUGGCCAUUCAUCUUACCAGCAAAUGCGUACCCCAUUCCUUGAGUUUGUGAGAAGAGGUGAAGAACAUUCUGGAUGUAUGAACAAACUGAGUAAUUCUCUUUUGGAGGCGUGUAAGAUUGUGGAGACGUGGGUACGGGAAGAUGACGAGUAUCCAGACAAGCUGACACAGGAAAUGGAAUCUACCCGGAAGUUGAAGGAAAACGUCAAUGAGGAGGUGGAGGCGAUCAAAUCCAAGAUGGCGGUGAACACGUCCGACAUGUUACGGCUACAGAAGGGCCAGUCCCGAGCUGGGCGCAGCUACAGCCAACACAAACGUGACAGGGACAUGCUCAGACUGCGACACGGAGAGCUCAGCUACAAGAAGUCGGUGGUGCAGGGCAAACUUGCCGCGAAACAAGAUGAACGAGACCGCCUGAAAGAAGAACGGCAGCAGAAAGAGGGGAUGAGUCCACGGGAGUCUGGGAAUUUUCUUACGAAGCUGGAGAAUGUUGAACGGGACAUGGAGAGGUUGGAGAAUGAGAGGAAGACCACGGAAAGACAGAUGAGGAGGGUGGAGAAAGAGCUCAAGCCGACGGGGGAUAAGACGUAUGAACAGAAGCCAGUGGAAUCCCCUGACCAGGUGGACUACGUGGAGUGCAGGAACAAGCGUCAAGAACUUGAGAAGGAAAACAAACGGCUGGCGAAACAGCUGGAGACAACUCAAGCCCGAAUGGCGGACAUCGGACGGCAGAUGGAGACACUGAGGCGCAUGCGCGAGAUGAAGCUAUCACCGGAAGCGUACAGAAAGGGUGUGCGUCAGAGACUGAGGAAGGAGAAUCUGAAGUCCAAUGGGUUGCAGACUUUGACUGACGCCUGCAAACUGGCUGCUCCUUCUAUCGGCAAGGACUGGAAAAAACUGUAUCUCCACCUGCCCUUUGACCCGCCGCGUGACGCUGCAAAACGUCAGCAUGACGUCGAUACCCUGGACUACCUCUGCUCCCGUCGUGACGUCACGGCAGACGAACAGGCGCUGCAGAGUCUGACCAAGUGGCUUUCAUUCCACCGGCGCGGGAACGUGGUGGAGUUGAUCCAGACCUUGAAGGACAUGAGGAAGAGAAAUGUAGCGGAGAGGCUGCACGAUAAGUUCGUCAUACAUGCUGCGGCAUAGGGCCUUGAGACGGUAGUACAUGUAUAAGAACGUAUAGGGCCUAGGAGAUGUAAGCGGGAAGGGACAGAAAAUGGGGUUGUGUG